CAGAAAGAAAAUGUGCAACCAAGUCCUUUCCGGGUAGUCUGGAACUACCCUGAUGAAUCCUGUCAGCUCCGAAACAUCGACCUUGAGCUGUCCAAAUAUGGCAUCGUCACCAAUGAACCCAGGACUUUCGUUGGCAACGAGAUCGCAACCCUGUAUUCCUCCAAGGUUGGUCUAUGGCCAAGUUUUGAAGAUGACAACAUCACACAGCCAAUCAAUGGAGGUAUACCACAGUUGGCCAACCUGACUGCCCACCUGGAUCAGCUGCGGAAGGAUAUCGCCAAGCAAAUACCGGCAAGCUCAACAGGGUAUGCUGUCUUAGACCAGGAAGAAUGGCGUACCCUCUAUGACCUUAACUAUGGGAUGUACACAGUUUACAAACAUGCCAGCGUAGUCGAAGCCAAUAACAAACAGGGAUCUGCUGAAGAAGAAUGGAACAAGAGUGCCAGGGAAUUUAUGGAGCAGAGCCUGCUGGAGGCGAGAGCGGUUCGUCCUAACGCCCACUGGGGGUACUACCUGUACCCUCAGACUUGGGGGGAUGCAGAGCAAACUCGAGCCGUCAAUGACAGAAUAUCGUGGUUGUGUCGAGCCAGUACGGGCAUUUACCCAUCUAUCUAUUUACGAGACAUGACUUCCAGUGAGAUGAAACAGCGGGUAGAAUCAACUCUAAACGAGGCUAUAAGGAUGCGAGCUAUGUAUGGUCAAGCUAGCACUCCAAUUGUAGCGUAUACGAUAGUACAGGCAGACAAUUUCUUUAGUAAGGAUAUUCUCGAUUACGCUAUUGGUCUAAGCGCAGAGAUGGGCAUCGAUGGGGUCAUCAUCUGGGGAUCUUCUAGAAGGUUCAAGCCAAAUCCCGCUGAGAAAUGUAAUGGGAUCAAAAAAUAUGUGCAUGAUAUCUUAGGUCCGUAUGUGUCUCAGCUAACGGACAAAUUCACCAACUGUAGUAUACGUUUGUGUGGCGGGCGAGGUAGGUGUGUGAGGAAAGACUAUGCGCGUAGCAUUAGCAGACAUACUGGAAGCGUCUUCCCAGACAGGCCGGGCUCCACUUGCUAG